CUGAAUAAUUAUGACUAAACCACACAAAAUGCGAUUUUUUGAUUACUCUCCGAAUGUGACGCGGGCCACAGAUAAUGAAGCGGCGGGCCACAUGUGGACCGCGGGCCUGGGUUUGGACCACCCUGGGGUAUACCUUUGAUUCCGUCACUUUAAAUCAUCUGUUAAAUAUUGGACCUUGAAGUUCAUUAACUUGUUUCUGGGCUUCAAAAUUACGAUUUAAGGUUGAAUCAAGGGUAUUAGGCUCAGGAUUUAACUUGGUAGUGCAUCAAAGUACAGCAGCUGCUGAUUCAACAUUUUUGCUCAAGUGUCUUAUCCUAAAAUGCUUCGGGAUUGAUAAAUACACAAUCUUGAUUCAAUGCUUGAAAAAAUAUCUUGAUUCCAAAUGCUUGCUUGGUUGCCAAACUGGAACUGUAUUCUUACGGUGGUUUUCUGCCUAUUUAAAAUUUUAACAAUUGUGCAACUCAUCUAGAUAAUUAGACAUAAGAAAGCAUAUUCAUUAUUCCUAUUACCAAAGCUUUGUUGAAGACUAUGUAUUUUUCAAGAAUAAUCAUAUUUUCUGAUCAUUCUUUUAUUUUAAAUAACUGAGAUUAUAUCAGUGUGCCUUGUUCAAUAUACCAUUUUUUCAAUAAUUAAUUCUAUACAAUUUGCUUCAGCUUGUUAAUUAAAUCUCAUGUUAGAGAACAAUCAUUUCAAUUAUACAAAUUAUUUCAUUUUAUAGUGCAUGUAUCAACUGCAAAAUAGACAUUCAUUAUUAUAAUAGUAUGAUAAUUUCAUGAUCAAAAGUCACUGCAAAUUUCACUUCGUCAACAAAAUGGCUAGAACACCUAAAGAUGCAAUUGUGCUAUGUCUCGAUGUUGGACCAGGGAUGACACAAGCUCCUCCAGGUUCAGAUACACCAUUAGAAUCAUCUAUCAAAAUCAUUUCUAUGAUGUUGCAAAGAAAAAUAUUUUCCGAGUCUAAAGAUGAAGUUGCUCUGGUCUUAUUUGGGACAGAAGACACACUAAACAAUUUAGCUGAUGAUGAUGGAGGUUAUCAAAAUAUAACUGUUUCUCGUCCACUAGGUAUUUCUGGAUUUGAUUUGCUUGAAGACAUCUCUAAAAUCCAUCCUGGUCCUAAAGAAACUGACUUUCUGGAUGCUCUUACAGUCGGUCUUGACAUAUUACACGAACAAACCAAAGGCAAGAACAUUGAAUAUCGUCGACUAAUUCUUUUCACAAACUUCGAUCAUCAGUUCAGUGAUGAUAACUUAGAAGGAAUUAUUGGAGGAUUUUGCUGUGAAAAUGAAGAAGUUCAGUUGAAUAUAAUUGCUCCUCAGUUUGAGGAAUCAGUUUCAUCAGAUGGUGAGGAACAUGACAGUGGUUCAGAUGGGGAGGGACCAAGUGUUAAAAAACCCAAAUUAGAGAAAUUAUCUGAAAAACCAAAAACUCCUCAACAAAGAGCAGGAGAAAGAUUGAUUAAUAGUAUGCUUGAGCAAGGAGUUGAUGGAUGUGCUUAUUCAUAUGAUCAAGCUGUUUUAGCUCUCACAGGAUUUGAAAAGAAGUCAGUUCGAUCUGUAGCUUGGAAAUGUCAUCUGACGCUCGGGAAUGACUUGACCAUACCAUGUGCUGCUCACGUCAAAACAAAAGCAGCCACAUUGAAAAAAUCAUGGAUCAAAUGUUAUGCAAAAACUCAAAAAUCUGAUGAUAUUAUGAAGCAAAGAUAUUUUGUAUUGAGAAGUGAUGGUCAAACAGAAGUAGAUGAGGAAAAUAUAAGCAAAGGUUACAAGUAUGGCAAGGAUAUAAUUCCAUUCAGUAAAGUUGAUGAAGAGCAAAUGAAAUAUAAAACGGAAGGAAAAUGUUUGUCUAUCCUGGGCUUCACAGAUUCAUCAAACAUUCGUGUACAAGAUUUGAUGGAUGACCAAUCUCAUCAUAUUGUUUCAGAAAAAGAUGAUAAUGCUGCUGAAACUGCGUUAUCCGCACUUGUGACUGCAAUGCAGAAUCAGAAUGUUUGUGCCGUCGCACGAUAUGUUUAUCGCAAAGGCACGAAUCCCAAACUCAUGGCACUUAUGCCAAGAAUAAAAGAAGAAUAUCGUUAUCUUGUGAUGAUAGCUCUUCCAUAUGCUGAAGAUUUAAGGACUUUAGAUUUCCCAAGUCUUGAAUCAAAAAAGAAUGUGGCUCCAAGUCAAAAUCAACUUUCUGCCAUUGAUAGUUUGAUAGAUACUAUGGAUUUGUGCAAAGGAGAAAAAGAGUUGUAUCGCCCCCGAGAGAUGUUGAACCCGUAUUUUCAGAGAGUGUAUCAAAGUUUGAACCACAGAGCAGUCAAUCCAAAGAGUUCACUGCCUCCUACAGAUGAUAGAAUCAAAAGUAUACUGGAUCCAGAUCAACAAAUAUUGGAAAGAAGUAGACUUUCUACAGCUGAAGUUAAGAAAUAUUUUGAGCUUGUGAAAGAAGAAGUCAAACCAAAAAAGAAAUCAGGAGCAGAAACAUGGGCUGCUGUGUCUUUGGACGAUGAGGAAACCGCAUCCCAUCAACUGGCAAGUGGUGAUGCAUCUAGUUCUGGAAUUACAUCAAUUGCACAAAUAACAAGCACAGCCACUGUCUCUUCAGUUGGAUCUAUAUCUCCAGAUCAAGAUUUUAUCACACUGUUGAAAAAUGCCGAGAAUGAUGCAGAUAUUCAGCAAAUAUUUGAACAACUUCAACAGCGUGUUAUGGAAUUUAUACUUGAUACCUUCACUGCUGGCUGCAACAGAAAAGUAUUUACUUGUCUAACUGCAAUGAAAGAACAAGCAAUAUCUAAAAAUGUCGCUCAUCUGUACAAUACAUUCUUGAAACGUCUAAAACCUAUGUUGAUUGCUGAUAAAAUUAAAAUGCAAUAUUGGAAAGAAAUGACAGAAUUACAGUUGACACUAAUUGAAGGAGAAGGUGUAUCUUCCGAUGAAGUUGCAGAGUUCCUGACACUGAAUGCAGAAGGUGAGGAAGGAAUCAAAAGUGGGGAUAAUGAGCAAGAUGAAGAUGUAGAAGAUCUGCUUGAUGAGCUGUAAAACACAAUUUUUCUAGGAGCAUUCUCUACCAGACUAAUCAUCAUCUAGUGCGUACUACACCUGGUAAAAUCUGGAAGUCAUUUUACUCUGUUUAAGACUGUGUGUCUGUGUGACCUCACUUCAUAUCUGGUCUAGACUAGAUGAUGAGUCGUUUUACCUGAUACAUCAAGUGUUGUCUGGAUUCCUCACAAUAUUCCAUUUCUGUAGUCUUUAUAGUUCAUGGCACUUCAGUGGCACUUUUGUUACCAUCUGUUGAUUUGAUAUAAAUAAAGAAUUUCAGUCUCGUUUUGUA